UGUCAUUUUAAUUCCUUUUCACUUAAUUGUUGAUCUGUAAAAAUGGGUGCCGAGCAGUCUGCAGUUUUGGCCUGUACUCAGACGGGAAUCCCACAGAAACCCCUGGAACUGCCCAACUCUGAGCUGUUCUUCCGCUUGUAUUUUGACAAGAUGCCGGAGCCUAAAACUGGUCCUGUAACAGAAGCGCUUUUGCGUUUGGUAGAACAUUUAAACCAGCCAAACGCUAAUGCUGAAGAAGCUCAACUCAUCCAGGAGGAAGAUAUAAGCAGUGAUAGUGGUUUCACUUCGGAGUUCAGUGAUUCUAGUGAAGUCUAGCCCAGUCUCACGCCAUCGGUAGAUUCAUCAUCAGGAAUAAAUAUUAAUUUAAAAUAUGAAUUUAUUUACA